GGAAGUGGGUCGGCUAGAAUUUUAGCGUAUUACAAAAUUUUAAACAGCCAAAGGUCAAGGUCACUCACCGCGCGAAACCCUCGAACACCAACCCAUCUGGUUUCUGGUUGCAAACCCCCACAAACUACUCAUAUAUAACUUUGGGUGUGGAAUAUUGUUGCCACUUACUCACUCUGCUCGAUCUUGCGCAUCUGCUGCCAUCGUUUUCAAAUAAACCCAUCGUACAAUAUAGUCUUGUGUUUGGACUAUAUUGACAAGUUCUUUCUGGUGAGUGAGCUCUUUACCCCGCCGGUGAAAAAUCUGUUCUCUUGGAGUGCGAUGCAUUCUUGGUAUCUGUCUUCCCGUCAUCAGGGAAAGACUGUGAUUCUCUAGUCAUCGCGAGCUCCUUCGUAUAUUGCUCAAACGUUCAGAUGAGGGAUUUCAUGACACAGUUGCUAAUACCUCAGUCGCAGAUCUUCUAAUAUCGAAGAACUAAAUCCCUCUCGACUGCCUUUGGUCUAAUCAAAGGCGAAAUAUCCAGCACGGCUCCAACGGCCGCAAUAUUAGUUUCUGAUCAAGAUUACUCCGAACGUCCUAACCGGCACAUCAUCAACACCACACCACCUCCUUUUGCUGCAAUUUAAUCAAGUUGAGCGUUUGUUUUACGAGUUGUUUAACAACACCCCGUCUUCGUCCGAAACUCCUCAGCUGCCGCAUAGGACGAGUUUAAAGGGCCUUCCUCUCGCAGAGGAAGAGUCGAGCCGACCUCGCCAGAUCAGCACAGGAUCUGAUCGUUAUAGACCACCAUAAUAUCCCCUUGGGCUUUUUAAAGUACAGGUAAGAUUGCACCCAUUGCCAGUGCUUGGUUACACUUUGAUAUUUCCUCGGCCGUACUGACAUGUACUAGUUAAAAAUUCACAAAUAUAUUGAACAAUCCUCACUUACACACGAGGAUAUGUCACCUUCCGCCAUUGUUACCCACGAAAACAAUAACAAUCUUAAUAGUAUCGAAUCAUACUAUCCUAAAGAUGCUUAUAUUGACCUUAAUGGCGUGAAUACUCCCAAAAAUAUAAUUGGAAAUGCUUUGAAGCAAAGGGUGGAAAAUAUUGAUAAUGAUGCCUGCGAAGCAGGUGACGAAGAUGCGUUCUUCGUAGCUGAUCUAGGCGAGGUUUACAGACAGCACAUGAGAUGGAAGAGAAACUUGCCUAGAGUCAAGCCCUUCUAUGGUCAGUCCUUUACCUCUACGCGCACAACGGAUGGAAAUUUGCUAACUUCAGAACAGCGGUCAAAUGUAACCCGGACCCACAAGUCAUUCGUCUCCUGUCAGAACUUGGCACAGGAUUCGAUUGUGCUUCCAAGGGCGAGAUAGAGCAAGUCCUCAAGACGGGCAUCGAUCCUGCUCGUAUAAUUUAUGCCCAACCAUGCAAGACGAAUUCAUACGUCCGUUAUGCCGCGAAGCAAGGCGUCAAGCAAAUGACAUUCGACAACAGCGAUGAGUUGCACAAGAUCAAAAAACUAUUCCCGGGAGCUGAGUUGUUCCUUCGAAUCUCUACCGAUGACUCCUCAAGCUUGUGCCAAUUGAGCUUGAAGUUUGGAGCAACCAUGGAUACAACAAACGAUCUUCUUGCUUUGGCCAGAGAACUUGACCUCAAUGUUGUCGGCGUCAGCUUCCACGUAGGGUCCGGUGCCUCUGACCCCCUUGCAUUCAGAGAGGCAGUUCAAGAUGCUCACACCGUCUUUGAGCAAGCUCGCACUUAUGGUUACUAUAUGCACACUCUUGACGUCGGUGGAGGGUUCUGCAGUGAGACAUUUGAAAAGAUGGCGGCAGCUCUCAAUGAUGCCCUUGAAGAAUACAUGCCAAAAAACAUCAAAAUUAUUGGAGAGCCUGGACGUUACUACGUCGCAAACGCAUUUACACUUGCUUGCAAUGUUAUUGCACGUCGAACUGUUGGAGACCCCGAGUCAAUGGAAAAGAGAUAUAUGCUUUACUUGAAUGAUGGUCUUUAUGGUAAUUUCUCAAGCAUCAUGUUUGACCAUCAAAACCCAAUCGCUCAAGUACUUCGUACUGGGAAACGCUCUUAUUUUGACACUCUCGCAAGUCAAGCAACUUUAGGAGGCACUGAGUACUCUAUUUGGGGCCCGACUUGCGACGGCAUCGAUCGUAUCUCCGCAAGCAUUCGUUUUGAUCACAAUCUUGACGUUGGAGACUGGCUCUACUUUGAGGGCAUGGGUGCAUACACCAAAUGCUCGGCAACGAGAUUCAACGGCUUCACAGACAGCCAUGAUGUUAUCCAUGUUUCCAGCGAGCCUGGAGUCAAUGCGCUGCUUGGAAUGUGAAGACUUUCAUGUAGUUACAAUCUUGGUAUAUCUUAGCGCAUGAGGGAAGACAAUAUCAAAAGAGGAGAAUGGGAAAGGAGGAUGGUAUAGAUUAGUGUUGAAUGUUCUUUUUGCUUGACUAGAUUUCUUUGGAUAGGGAUAUUGGUCGAUUAUAAUGCCAUUUUUCGUAUUAGAAAGACGAACCAUUGUCUAUAUCACUCUUUUCUACCUAGUUUUACAUACAAUAUAGAGAUAUUCAUAGAAU